AUGUGGCGCGAACCGCCGCCAUACUACGCAAAACUCAACAAGCAAUCAAUGAAUGUGUAAGUUUUCAGCAUUUUCAGCCCAAAAAAUCAAUAAUCUUCAGAAAUCCCGUGACAAAUUCGUUGAAGCGAGUGUACGAACAGCCGGAAAACAGUUCAUCGAGUAUUUUCAUCAAAAGACCCGCAAUUUUGCCGGCGAAUUCGCGCAGGAAUCAUAGUAAUAAUAAUAAUCCGGAAAAAUUGGGAAAUCAGUUUGGGGUGAAUGAACUUUUGGCGAGGUUUUUUGUGAAUUCGGGAAUUUCGUAUGAAUGUGUUGAGGAUCCGUCAUUUGUGCAGUUUAUGUCGCAUUUUGCACCGCAUUUCGUUUUGCCCACACCGAAUAUGAUGGUGGAUUAUGUGACGAGAAUGGCGUUUCCGAUGAAGGUUAAGGUAGGAGGUUUAAAGAAAUUUUCCCGCCAAAAACCUCAGAAAUCGCUUCAAGAUCAGCUAUGCACCUUUGAAUACCGAUGAAUUAUGGGUCUUGCAAUAAAUUUCAUUCAAAUGAGCCAGAAAUCGUUGUGAGACCAGCUAUGUACCUUUAAAAUGACUGAAAAGGGUCUCGUAGCGAAAAUUCGUCUUGAAAAAGCUUAUGCAUCUUUAAAUGUUGGAAAUGUUGAGUCUUGCACCGAAUUUCAAGCAAAAAUCGCUUCAAAAUCACUUAUGUGCCUUUAAAAUUAUGGGUUUUAGGUCUUGCAGCGAUUUCUACAGAACAAACGCUGGAUUUCGCUGCAAAACCACCUAUGUGCCUUUAAAAUUAUGGUUUUUAGGUCUUGCAGCGAUUUUUACAAAACAAACGCUGUAUUUCGCUGCAAGACCAGCUAUGUACCUUUAAAAAUGACUGAAAAAGGGUCUCGUAGCGAAAAUUCGUAUUGAAAAAGCUUAUGGGAGGUUUUGGGACUUGAAGCGAGAUCUAAAGUUUGGUGUGCCUUUAAAUGUUGGAAAUAUAGAGUCUUGCAGCGAAUUUCCAGCAAAAAUCGCUUCAAGACCACUUAUGUGCCUUUAAAAUUAUGGUUUUUAGGUCUUGCAGCGAUUUCUACAAAAUAAACGCUGGAUUUCGCUGCAAGACCAGAUAUGUGCCUUUAAAAUUAUGGUUUUAAGCGAUUUCUAUAGAAAAACACAUGGGAUUUCGCUUCAAGACCACCCUAUGUGCCUUAAAAUUUUUUUUUACAGACGCAAAAUUUCUCCAAAGUCGUCGGACCACUCACCGCCACUCUAAACACCUUCAAAUCUGGCGACGAAAUUUUCCUCGCCUACUCAAUUCAUUAUUUCGAGGAUUAUGUGCAGCGCAAAAAUGCGGUUUUCAUGCGAAAAUUGAUUUUGAGCGAGUGAGUUUGGAUGCGGCGAAGUUGCAGAAAAACCAUGCCGCGUGUUGCAAAAGGGGCGGAGUUUGCAUGGUUUUUUUUCGCAUUUUGAAUUGAAAAGCGCGGAUUUGCAACUGUGCCGCACAGUUUUUUUUGCAUUUCAGAGUGGAUGGUGAAAGUGUUCUGACCUACGCGAGGCGAUCAAUCAAUAAUUUCAAUUAUGGAAAUGUGCGCUUCACAAAUAUGGUUUCGGUAGAUGAAGAAAUGGCGGGAGAAUUGUUGAGCACAAAUGCGGUGACGAAUAAGUGAGCGGGUUUGUUGGCGAAAAAAUUAUAAUUUUUUUUUCACUGUUUCAAAAAAUUGAUAUAUUUCCACGUGUAUUAUGAUUUGCCAAUGACGAAUCCAAUUUUUUUUUAGAAUUUCAACAAUUUUUUGGCUCCAAAACUUCAACCCCAGCCCUAUUUACCCUCAAAAAAUGCCCAAUUCUUCCAGCUACAUCUGCUUUUUCACCUAUCUAUCGCGUUUCAUCGAAAACGUCCUCAAAAUCCCCGAUUUCCAAUACGGCCUCGAUUCUCUACGAAAUUUUGUUCAAUUUUUGCGGAAACACGCCGAUUUGUAUAGCAAAUUCAGGCGUUUGCAGUUGUCGAAAAAUGGCGAACUCGAUUUGCCGAGUUUGGAUGAGGAUGGGAAAUGGACGUCGACGACGGUGUUUUUGACGAGAUGCUUGUUGUUGGUGAGCUGAAAAUUCGAGUUUGGCAUGAAAUUUUGGGCUGGAACAUGCACAAUUCGCUGAAAAAGAAAGAUUUUAGAAUAAAAAUGGAGAAAAAUACGCCUCGGAGCUUAAAAAAUGUGAUUUUGAGCUAAAAAUUGACUAAAAUAGCAAAUGCGCCCCAUUGAACUUCCGCCGUUUUGUGGGAAAAUUCAAAUUUUCAAUUUUUUUUCUUAUUAAAUUUUCGACAAAAAUUUGAUUUUAGCUUGAAAUUUGAGAUUCUUGGUUUUAAAUUGAGAUGAAUAAGCUUUGGAGCUUGUAAGAUGCUCAAAAAUUGACAAAAUUAGCGAAUGCGCUCCAUUAAACUUUUGCCUUUUUGUUGAAAAUUUCGUAUAUUUUUAUUUUUUUUUUCAUUUUUUCAGCACGAAACAUUCGCCGACUUUGCUCUUCGCUUUCGAAUUUCCAGCUAUAUUUCCGAUGACACUUUCUCGAAAUUAUCAUAUUUACAAAGAUUGAUGUCGCACACGAGAAAAUUCGCCAAAGAAUUAUCGACCCCUGAUAGUUGUGUAUCACAAAUUGUGCCGACUGUUGUGGCGAUUCAGGGAUUUUUGGAGGGGUAAGAAUUGUUUCGGGGUGAAAAAUCGAUAAUUUUUAUGGAUUUAUGCCUGAAUUUGAUGAAAAAUGAGCGAAAAAUCGAUAUUUUUAUGGAUUUCAAUUUGAAUUUGAUGAAAAAUGAGCCGAAAAUCGAUAAUUUUGAUGAAUUUUGAGCCAGGAUUUGAGGUUUCAAAAAAUCCAAUAUUUUUUACGUUUCAAAAUUGUUAUAUUCAAAUGUUGGAAAUUUCUAGUUUAAUGUCUUCACAUGUAUUCAAGUUGAAAUUCUCGCGCCAAAAAAUCAAAAAAAUGGCAAACAUUUCUGGAAUUUUUGUUUUAGAAAUUCAAAAUUAAUCCACGUGGCGAAAAAUUGUCCAAAUUCAGUUUUUUUUUCACUGUUUCAAAAUUGAUAUAUUCAUUUUUGUGGGAAAUUUCUGAGAUUUCGCACCAUUUCUAGAUGCUUUAAUCUUUCUCAACCAAUACAAAAUAUUUCAAAAUUAAAAUCCGCCUAAGCCUAAGCCCAAAAUUUAUUUCCAGAAAAUCGCUGGGCUACGAUUUCGAAGAAGACAUCAAAUCCGUCUUCAAACAACAUCUCCAACCACUUCUGUGCCUGAAUCCAGCAAAUUUGAGAUAUCUAUUUGCAACCUUAUUAGAUCCAAGAUAUGGAUAUCGAAAAAACAUUUUCCCACUCGAAAAAUGGUCGAAAAUCGAAAGCGAAUUAAUGCAAAUGUUUUCGCUGGAAGAAAUUGUUGUGAAUGAUCAAAAUCCGAGAAAAGCACAGGUUUUGGAUGCGGUUUCGAAAGAAGUUCGGAAGCAGAAGAUUUUGGUGAGGCAUCGGAUGAUUAUUCUGGCUGAAAAUCAAAUUUUCCGGCUGAAAAUCAAUAAAAUUCACAGUCUUUUCAGGAAGAGCUGAAAAUCUAUCGAAAUGUGAUCUCAGCCGCUCGCCCAAACGCGCUAACCAACAUUUUUCAUUGGUGGGGUGCUCGAAUGCUAGAUCUCACCAAUCUAUACAACAAAUCGAGGGAAUUCUUGGCACCGCCGGCUGUCGCCAUCGACACUGAAUUGUAUUUUGGAAAUGGCGGAAAAUGGUCGCAUAUGUGCUCGAAAUUAAGCUAUGAGCAUUUGGAAAAUGCGUUGAGUGUUGCUGGACAAAGAGAGCUUUUUAAGUGAGGUUUUUUGGGUGGGUUUUGAGGCCGAAAAAAUCAAGUUUUUCAUGAUUUUCAGCACAAAAUUUCAGCCAGAAUUUUCUCUGGCCCAGAAAACUCUUUUCUAGAGAGGAAAUUGAAUUUUUAACCCAAUAUUUUUUCACUGUUUCGAAAAAAAAUGCCAUAAAAUUGUUCAACUCCAAAAUGUUUCUUUACUUUCGACACAACGGAAAAUUCUAGAUAAAAAUCUUGAGAUAUUUGAAAUUCAGCACAAAAUUUCAGCCCCAAAAUUGAAAAAAUUCACUGUUUCAUAAAAUUUUCAUUUGAUUUUUGGGUUUGAAAAUUUUGGUAAAAUCUUUUUUAGUUCACAAUUAUCGUUCAUGCUGAAAAUUCUUGAAAAUCAAGUUUCCUAUAAUUUUCAGCACAAAAUUUCAGCGCAAAAAAUUGAAGUACUUGAGAAAAAUUCCACUGUUUCAUAGAAUUUCCAUUUGAUUUUUGGGUUCCCAAAUUUUGUUUUCGCUUCUUUCAGUUGAGAAAAUUAAAUUUUCAUGCUGAAAAUCCCUAAAAAUCAAGUUUUCCAUGAUAUUCAGCACACAAUUUCAGCCAGAAAACUCAAAGUUUUAGAGAGAAAAUUGAAUUUUUAACCGAUUAUUUUUUACUUUUUCAGAAAAUUUUUAUGGAUUUUUUGAAUUUUGUUAGAAACAUUAUUAAAUUAGAAAUUUCAUUUUCAUUCUUUCAGAGAAAGAAAAAUUUGACUGUUUCAUAGAAUUUUCAUUUGGUUUUGGGUUUUCAAUUUUUUACUUUUAUUGUUGUUUUAGCAAUUUUGGAAUUAAAAUUUUCAUGCUUAAAAUCAGGAAAAAACAUUUUUGACUUUAUAUUUUUUCACUGUUUCAAAAAAUCUUGAUAGAUUUUUUGAAUUUUCAGUUUUCAAUAACACUAAAUUUUUUGAUAACUCUAUAUUGAAGUUUCAUUGCUCAUUAAAAAUCAUAUUUUCAGCAAAUUUCAGCCAAUAAAAUCUCUAAAAUUUUCCAGAGGUCGUGGCUACAUUUCGGAAAGUGCACUUUCUCCAUUCGUCAACCCAACAUCAACACGCCGUACUCCCGCUCUCCAAAAAUCAAUCAAACUUCUCAAAAAACCGACACCUCCUCUCAAAUUCCCAGAAGCUUUGAUGAUGCAACCACCGGAGCACAAAAAAUCGGAGGAAAAUUUGGAAAUUGAGCCGGAUUUGGAUGUGAAGCUGGAGGUUUUGGAGCAGGAAAAUGAGGAAUUGUGAGUUCGUGCAUUACAAAAAACUGAUCAAAUUUGAAAAUUGAUUGAAAAAUUACUUAUAUUUUUUGAAACAGUGAAAUAUUUUAGACCAAGAAUUUUGUGCUGAAAAUCAAGAAAACCUUCAAAAUUUUAUGAUUUUUAGAGUUUCCACGAGUUUCAGCUCGAAAUUUUAAUCUGGAAUUUGUUGGGAGAAAAAUCUGAAAAUUUUCUGAAAUCAGGUUUUUUGAGAUCAUUGUGAAGUAAAUUUUGAAAGAAAAUUUAAUUUUUUGCUGAAACAGUGAAUUUUUUAAAAUUUUAGACCACAAUUUCAUGCUCAAAAUUAAGAAAAUUCUGAAAUUUUAUGGUUUUUAGAGUUUCCAUGAGUUUCAGCUCAAAAUUACAGUCUAGAGUUCUUUUGGAAAAAAAAUAUACAAAAUUUCUGAAAACAAGUUUUUAUUUUAGAUCACUAUUGUGAAGUAAAUUUUGAAAGAAAAUUUAAUUUUUUGCUGAAACAGUGAAUUUUUUUUCAAAAUUUUAGACCAGAUAUUUAUGCUGAAAAUUAAGAAAAUUCUAUAAUUUUAUGAUUUUUAGAGUUUCCAUGAGUUUCAGCUCGAAAUUUCAGUAUGGAAUUUUUGAGAGAAAAAUACUGAAAUUCUGAAAUCAGGAUAUUUUAAGCAUUAAAAUUUCGCGCUGAAAAAUCUGAAAAUUUCAAGAUUUGUUUGAGAACUGUUAUUAUAAAUUUUGAAAGAAAAUUUAAUUUUUUUCUGAAACAGUGAAUUUUUUUGAAAAAAUUUUGCCCAGAAUUUUAUACUGAAAAUCAAGAAAGUCUUUUUUCCAGAGACCAAGAUGCUGAAACCGAAGAAGUCCCAAAUAAAUGCACAAUUUGCCUGCGAGUCGAAAAACCAGAAUUAUUAAAAGAGGCCAUUCUACCAAAUGAGAAAUUGUUGGUUUUGUUGGGAAUGGUUGUUGGCACAAAAUUAUCGAUCGAUCAAGCCAGAUUGUGUUUUUGGAAACCGACACGAACACCUUUGAUUUGCAUUCGACAUUAUAAGGAAGCGGUAGGGGAUUUUUUGAGGCUGAAAUUGCAUCUGAAACGUUUAAAAAACUGGAAAAAUAGAUUUUUCAUCGAGAAAUAUGUUUUCAAAAUUCAAAAAUUCGUGCUGAAUAUAGAAAAAUUAUGGAAUUUUCUGAUUUUCGUGACUUUCAGCACAAAAUUUCAUAUCAGAACACCUGAAAGGCCUAUUUUUCUAUUUGAAAUUUUUCACUGUUUCAAAAAAUUGUUAUAUACUUUUCAUUUCCGUUCGGAAUUGUUAAAACAAAAUAACCUCGAAUUUAUUUUAAUUGAAUUAGUGAAAAUUGCUGAAUUUUCAGAUUUACAUAAUUUUCAGCAGAAAAAUUUGAAUUUUCAAAAUUUCGAACUUUUUUACUGUUUCAAAAAAUUAUGAUAAUUUUUUGGAUUUAGAAAUGUUUGUUCACAAAAUUUGUUUUGAUAAAAUUGUUGUUUUCUAGGCUGAAAUUUUGUGCUGAAAAUCGUGAAAUCAUUAAAAAUUGCUGAAAUCCGAGAUAUCCACAAUUUUCAGCACAAAAUUUCAACCGAAAACUUGAACUUUUCUGAAAAAAAUGAAAUUUUUCAAUUUUGCAGUUUUUCACUGUUUCAAAAAAAUAUGAAAAUUUUUUGGAUUUUGAAAUUUUUGUUCUUAUGGUUGCUUUCGCUUCAUAUAAUUAGGAAUGAAAUUGUUGAUUUAUAGGCUGAAAAUUCGUGCUGAAAAUCGUGAAACCAUUGAAGAUUGCUGAAAUUCGAGAUUUCCACAAUUUUUAGCACAAAAUUUCAGCUAGAAACUUGAGUUUUUCAGAAAAAAAUAGGAUUUUUCAAUUUUGAACUUUUUUCACUGUUUCAAAAAAAUAUCAUAAUUUUUUGAAUUUUGAAAUUUUUGUUCAUGUAAUUCCUUACGCUUACAAUUAGAAAUGAAAUUGUUGAUUUCUAGACCUAAAUUUUGUGUUGAAAAUUGUGAAACCAUAGAAAAUUACUAAAAUUCGAGAUUUACAAAAUUUUCAGCUAAAAACUUGAAUUUUUUAGAAAAAAAUAGAAUAUUUCUAUUUGAAAUUUUUCACUGUUUCAAAAAAUUCACAUAAAUUUUUAGAUUGUUAAUUUUUGUUCCCAAAGCUGCUUUCGCUUACAAUUAGAAAUGAAAUUGUUGAUUUCUUGGCUGAAAAUCGUGAAACCAGUGAAAAUAGCUGAAAUCCGAGAUAUCCAAAGUUUUCAGCACUAAAUUUCAGGCAAAAACUUGAAUUUUUUAGAAAAAAAUAGAAUUUUAGAAUUUUGCAGUUUUUCACUGUUUCAAAAAAAUAUCAUAAUUGUUUGGAUUUUGAAAUUUUUGUUAACAAAACUGGUUUGCCUAUAAUGAGAACUGAAAUUGUUGAUUUCUAACAUGAAAUUUUGUGCUGAAAAUUAUCGCAAACUCAUCGACGAUUUUUCAGCACGAAAUUUUAGCCAUAAACCUUAAAAUUUGGAUUUUUCAUUCUGAAAAUUUUUCACUGUUUCAAAAAAAUAUCAUUAUUUUUUGGAUAUUGAAAUUUUUGCUCCCAAAAGCUUUGGCUCUGUACGGAAAUAAAGGGUAAAUUUUUAGAUUGUUAAUUUUUGUUUCAGAAUCUAGUCUAGACAUAAAAAACAUCCAUUUUUGCAGGCUGAUCAAAUCAUCUCAACCCUUCAAAUCCGAUGUCCCGACGCAGUUUUCGCGAUGCCCCAAUUCCGAAUUCAACCACUUCUCGAUCAAAUUUUCGAAAUCCGCAAUUCCGAAAUGCCCCUAAUGGCCUUUAAGCAAUUAUUCAUCAUUUUUUGCGAAAAAUAUCCGCCGGAUUCGCUGAAAAAUAAUGAAAUUAUCAGUUUUGAUGCGAUUUUUUGUGCUGAAUCUUCUGGAAAUUCGGGAACUUCUGAAAUUCGAGAGAAAAUGUCGCUGCUGCCGAAAUCGCUGAGAACUUCCGCACAACGUCAGCCAAUUAUUAUUGGGGAUAAAAUGAUUGUGAUGAGCCAGGAGCCGAGUUCGAGCACACCAAUUUUGCCCAAAUCGCAAAGAGCACCGCGAAAACAGAUUUUGGAUGAUGAUGUUGCGGAAAAUGUGAGUUUUUUGGGGAGGUUUUGGUUGAAAAUCGUGGGAAUUUUGAAUUUCAGCAAUUUUCAAUGGUUUUAUGAUUUUCAGUACAAUUUGAAAAAAAAUCAAAAAUUUACAAUCCAAAAAAUUAUGAGCUUUUUUUGAAACAGUGAACAAUUUCAAAAAUUGGAAAUUCAAAUUUUCCUAGAAUUUCAAGUUUUUUGCUGAAAUUUUGUGCUGAAAAUCAUAGAGAAUAUGAAAUUUCAGAAAUUUUCAAUGGUUUUAUGAUUUUCAGUACUAUUUGAAAAAAAUCGAAAAUUUACAAUUCAAAAAAAAUAUGUGAUAUUUUUGAAACAGUGAAAAAUUUCAAAAAUUGGAAAUUCAAAUUUUUCAAGUUUUGCUGGAAUUUUGUGCUGAAAGUCGUGGGAAUCUUGAAUUUUAGAAAUUUUCAGUGGUUUUAUAAUUUUCAGCACAAAAUUUCAGUCUAAAACACGAAAAAUUUUUCGAAUAAUCAAUAAAUUACAAUCCAAAAAAAUAUGUGCUUUUUUUGAAACAGUGAAAAAUGUUCAGAAUUGAAAAAUCCAAAUUUAGCUAGAAAUUCAAGUUUUUGGCUGAAUUUUUUUGCUGAAAAUCAUAGAGAAUCUGAAAUUUCAGAAAUUUUCAAUGGUUUUAUAAUUUUCAGUACAAAAUUUCAGCCUAAACAUCGAAAAUUACCGCAUAAUCAAUUAUCUACAAUCCAAAAAAUUAUGUGAUUUUUUUGAAACAGUGAAAAUUUCAAAAUUGGGAAAUUCAAAUUUUCCUAGAAUUUCAAGUUUUAUGCUGAAGUUUUGUACUGAAAGUCGUGGAAAUCUUGAAUUUUUGAAAUUCUCAGUGGUUUUAUGAUUUUCAGCACAAAAUUUUAGUCUAGAAUAAAGUUUCUGGAUAUCACGAAAACUUUAAUGUAUCUGAAAUAUUCCAAGUGGCAAUCUUUCUGAAAAUUUGAGUUUUGGUUGAAAUUUAGUGCUUAAAAUUGAGGAAAAUCUUUAAUUUCUGCAAUUUUCAGUUAUUUCACGAUUUUCAGCACACUUUGAGAGUAAUAAAAAAAAAUCGAAAAUUUGCAAUCGAAAAAAAAUUAUGUGAUUUUUUUGAAACAGUGAAACAUUUCAAAAUUUGGAAAUCCGCAUUUUUCAAACUUUUUGCUGAAAUUUUGUGGUGAAAAUCGUGGGAAUCUUGGGUUUACAAUUUUCAGCACAAAAUUUCAGCUUAGAACUCAUGAAUGUUAUCUCUAGUUUUAACAACAGUGAAAACACAAAUUUACAAUCCAAAAAAUUAUGUGAUUUUUUUGAAACAGUGAAAUAUUUGGAAAUUCAAAUUUUCCUAGAAAUUCAAGUUUUUGGCUGAAAUGUUGUGCUGAAUGUGUUGAAUAAAUUUUCAGCACGAAUUUUCAGCCUAGAAAUCAUAAAAAAUCUGAAAUUUCCUCAAUUUUCGUCCCAUUUUUCCAGGAUGACAUGAUUCUGCGUCGACUUGUGCCCGUAAAAAUCGCCUACGAAUCGCCGCCAAAAAUCAAGAAUCCCGGAAAAUGUGCCUAUUGUGGACAUACGGUGGAAAGAUCGACAUUGAUUCGAGUUCCCAAAUCGGAAGAGCGUCGAAAAUCGUGGUUUGAGAAGCUGGGCGAUGGUUUUGAGAGACGUUGCAAGGCUUUUGAGAACAGUUUCAUGUGUCGCGCACAUUUUUCGGAGACAAGUUUCACGAAAAAUGGACGAUUGUGGAAGAAUGCGAUGCCUUAUCGAAUUGGAGAAUUGAAGGAAUACGAGGUACGGUGGGAGAAUUUGGGCGGAAAAUUUGAAAUUUUUGAUAAAUUUCGAGCCAAGAAGCUGUUUCCUGGACUUUUUGGCCAUAAAUUUCAAGAUUUUCAAUGAAAUUUUGAGGCUGAAAGCAGUUUCUGGAGCCAAAUUUCUCGAAUUCUGAUCAAACUUGAAUAUUAAGCGUCAAAAUUUGAAUUUUUAACCAAAAUUCUGGAUUUUUGAUGAAUCCUGAGCCUGUAACCAGUUUUUGGGGUCGAAGUUUGCCACGUGGGUUUCCUGCCGCCAAAAUUCUAGAUUUUUGAUGAAUGUAAAAAUUUUGAUGAAUUUUAAAUUGCCACGUGGAUUUUUUGCAGUCAAAAAUCGAUUUUUCGAAAUUUCUCGAUUCAAAAUCAGAUUUUUCAGCUUGUCGACGAAGAUUUCCUGAAUCAAUCAAAUGACGAUGAUUUUGAGGAGUCGGAAGAAAAUGAGGAGGAAAUUUUGAAAAAUGAGAUGUUGGAUAGAGUUAUCAAAACUGAAGAACUCGUGGAGGUCAGUUAAAAUGCCACGUGGAAAUUUUGAAUUUAAAAUUUAUCGAUUUUUUUGCAGAUUUCUAUGCCAACGCUUGAUGAAAUCAAACAGGAACCACUCGAUUUUUAA